UUGUCAGUAUGGACCCAGAGUUUGGUCUCUUCUUGACCAUGAACCCUGGGUACGCUGGACGUCAGGAGCUCCCAGAGAACUUGAAGAUCAACUUCAGAACAUGUGCUAUGAUGGUACCUGACAGACAGAUCAUCAUGAGGGUUAAGUUGGCUAGCUGUGGUUUCCAACAGAAUGUGGCAUUAUCAAAGAAAUUCUUCACUCUCUAUAAACUCUGUGAGGAGCAGUUGACAAAGCAAGUCCAUUAUGACUUUGGUCUCCGUAACAUCCUGUCCGUGCUGAGAACCCUGGGAGCUUUCAAACGUGGCAACCCCAAUGACACGGAGCAGUCCAUUAUGAUGCGUAUCCUGCGUGAUAUGAACCUGUCAAAGUUGGUCGAUGAGGAUGAACCAUUGUUCAUGUCUCUCAUUGAUGAUCUUUUCCCAGGAAUGACACUGGAUAAAGCUGGAUAUCCUGAGUUAGAAUCUGCUAUAGAUCACCAGGUACAAGAGCAUGGACUUAUUAACCAUCCACCAUGGGUACUUAAACUGAUCCAGUUGUUUGAGACACAGAGAGUCAGACAUGGAAUGAUGACUUUAGGACCAAGUGGAGCAGGAAAGACAAAGUGUAUCAGUGUCCUGAUGAAGUCUAUGACAGACACAGGGACACCACAUAGAGAGAUGAGAAUGAACCCCAAAGCUAUUACAGCACCCCAGAUGUUUGGCAGGUUGGAUGUUGCAACAAAUGAUUGGACAGAUGGAAUAUUCUCAACACUUUGGCGUAAAACCCUAAAGUCUAAGAAGGGAGAACACAUCUGGCUAGUACUGGAUGGACCUGUAGAUGCUAUUUGGAUUGAGAAUCUCAACUCUGUACUUGAUGACAACAAGACUCUGACUUUGGCUAAUGGUGAUAGGAUCCCCAUGGCACCAAACUGCAAGAUCAUAUUUGAAGUACAUAACAUAGACAAUGCUAGUCCUGCUACAGUAUCUAGGAAUGGAAUGGUGUUCAUGAGUAGCUCAGCUCUGGACUGGAAACCAAUUCUACAGGGGUGGCUAAUGAGCAGAACUCCUCAACAAUCUGCUGUCAUUUCUAGUGUAUUUGAAGACAACUAUGAUGAGAUCUUAACCUGUCUAAGACAACAGCUUUUGCCCAAGAUGUUGAUCCUUGAGUGUAACUACAUCAGACAGGCCAUUGAUCUACUUGAGGGCCUCAUUCCUAAGGGAGAGGGCAAUGUUGAGGUUGGAAGUGAACAUCUUCAGAAGCUGAUAGUGUUUGCCAUCAUGUGGUCUCUUGGUGCUGUCUUAGAGUUAGAAGACAGACGCAAGAUGGAAUCAUUGGUUCGUGAGAAAUGCAAGGGACUGCCUCUACCAGACUGCCAGGGAGAUGAUACAAUGUUUGAGUUUGUAGUCAGUGAUGCUGGAGAAUGGGAGCACUGGUCCAAUAGGGUACCCGAGUAUGUAUACCCGAAAGACUCAACCCCAGAGUAUAGUUCUAUUUUGGUGCCAAAUGUGGACAAUGUUAGAACAGAUUUCCUCAUCAGCACUAUUGCAUCACAGCAGAAAGCUGUUCUACUCAUUGGUGAACAGGGUACUGCCAAAACUGUAAUGAUCAAGGGAUAUUGUGGUAAAUUUGACCCUGAAGCUCACAUGUUCAAAAGUUUCAACUUCUCAAGUGCCAGUACACCAAUCAUGUUCCAGAGAACAAUAGAGAGCUAUGUAGACAAGCGUAUGGGAACCACAUAUGGACCCCCAGCAGGUCGCAAAAUGACAGUCUUCAUUGAUGACAUCAACAUGCCAAUCAUUAAUGAGUGGGGAGAUCAGGUAACUAAUGAGAUCACAAGACAGAUGAUGGAAAUGAGAGGUUUCUAUAAUGUUGACAAACCAGGAGAGUUUACCAACAUUGUAGACAUACAACUCAUCGCUGCCAUGAUUCAUCCAGGUGGAGGAAGAAAUGAUAUCCCAGAGAGAUUGAAGAGACAAUUCAACGUUUUCAACUGUACACUCCCAUCUAAUGCCUCCAUUGAUAAGAUCUUCAGAACAGUUGGCCUUGGACAUUUCUGUCAGGAGAGAGGUUUCAGUGAUGAAGUAGUGUCUGUGGUUGAGCAAUUGAUUGCAGCUACAAGGACUUUGUGGCAGAGAACCAAAGUUAAGAUGUUGCCCACACCUGCAAAGUUCCAUUAUAUCUUCAACUUGAGAGAUCUCAGUAGAAUUUGGCAGGGCAUGUUAAUAAUCAGUCCAGAUGCUUGUAAAACCCCAAAUAGUCUCCUUGCCCUGUGGAAACAUGAAUGUUAUAGAGUAAUUGCUGACAGGUUUACCACAUCCAAAGAUAAAGAGUGGUUUGAAGGAGCAGUACAGAAAGUAGCUGAAGAGAAUUGCGGGUCAGCAUUGGCCAAUGAGCUGCAUGCCGAGCCCUACUAUGUUGACUUCCUGCGUGAUGCCCCAGAACCCACUGGAGAAGAAACGGAAGAUAUUGAUCUUGACGCACCUAAGAUUUAUGAACAAAUUGAAUCUUAUGAUCAGCUCUCUGACAGGCUACUGUUAUUCAUGGAGUCUUACAAUGAAGCAGUGCGGGGUGGCAAGAUGGACUUAGUAUUCUUCAAGGAUGCGAUGACCCAUUUAGUAAAGAUCUCGCGUAUCAUUAGAACAGCUCGGGGUAAUGCUCUGCUGGUUGGAGUGGGUGGCUCAGGAAAGCAGAGUCUAACUAGACUUGCUUCAUUUAUUGCUGCUUAUGACAUAUUCCAGAUUACUCUUACAAGGUCUUAUAAUGUCUCUAACCUCAUGGAUGAUCUGAAGGUGCUAUAUCGCACAGCUGGACAACGGGGGAAAGGAAUCACGUUUCUGUUUACGGAUAAUGAAAUUAAAGAUGAGGGUUUCCUUGAGUAUAUGAAUAAUGUACUGGCAUCUGGAGAGGUAUCAAACUUAUUUGCAAGGGAUGAGAUGGAUGAAAUUUUGCAAGAGCUUGUACCAAUAAUGAAGAAAGAAUUCCCGCGCCGCCCCCCUACCAAUGAUAAUCUCUAUGACUAUUAUUUGACUAGAGUGAGAAAUAACCUCCACGUCGUACUCUGUUUCUCUCCGGUUGGUGAGAAGUUCCGUUCCCGAUCGCUCAAAUUCCCUGGUCUUAUUUCUGGUUGCACCAUGGAUUGGUUCCAACGUUGGCCAAAAGAUGCCCUUGUUGCUGUGUCCAACCACUUCCUGUCCAG